ACCAUGGCGACGGGGGCGGGACGCAGCGCCUGAGCGCUCCGGGCUCAGCUAGAUUGCGGCCGCCUGGCCGCCUAGCGUCUGCUCCCGAGGGUUCCCAGAACUUGCAGUAUCACUUUUGUGGAAACCGGUUGGAGUGUAAAUUAAAAAAACAGGCAAUGGCUCUUGUGCCCCUUUCUGCAGAACCUGAACUCUGCCAAGUAGCUGCAAAAUGUUGAACAUGGAGGAACCACGGGAGACUUUCUCCACGAGUGAGGGCCACGGAGGUGAGAUCGUUGUGGAGACACACAUGGUGGAAUCCACGGAGUCUGCGUCCCACGUCCACCUGGCCUGCAGUCGGCAGCACUGUGCCUUCCCCUUAGAUGGAGAUGCCCUCUGCGUGUGGAGCACCCAGGACCCUUCCCACCAGCCGCUCAUCCUGAGAGGACACCUUCGUCCAGUUACCGCGGUGGCCUUUGGGAAUGCACACCCGCUCCUGCUCUGCUCUGCGUCCCGGGAUCGUGUCAUGAUGUGGAACCUGGGCGAAUGCGGAGAGAAAACGCUCGACGGGCAGCCUCCGCGAGGGACAGUCCUCCACGCCCUUCUGGGAGAGGUGCUGUGUUUAAGGCUUAGUCCCGACGACCGUGUUGCCGCAGUGUGUGCUGGAGAUCGAAUCCUCAUGCUGGACGCCGAGUUCUCCCAGAGCCGGCGUGCACUAGUCGAGCUGGGCCGUCACCGGGGCCCGGUGACUGCAGCUGAGUUUUGUCCCUGGCAGACGCAUAUCAUCAUCUCGGCGUCCGCGGACAGAAGCUUUAAGGUUUGGGACCGCCGAAAGGGAUCGCUCAUACACAGCUCAUCAGUGUUGACAGCCUCCUCUCUCCUGAGUCUCGUCCUGGACCCGGGCAGCCAGCAGCUGGUGGCCGGCAGUGCGGACGGCCAGCUUUGGGUGUUCAGUUUGGCUGAAGGUCACCAUUAUCGCCCUGUGACUCGAGUUGACCUAAGGAAACAGAGGGACACUUUCUCCACCAGGAAGCUGAGCAGCUGCCCAGAAGACAGCCAGCUUCCUCCCACUAAGGAAGAGGUCGAAGAGACACUUCCUGUGCUGAGCCUGGCCCCCUGUGAGUGUGAACUGAACGCCAGCUGCUUGUGGAUUGGAAGCUCGGCUGGUUUAUUCAUAUUUAACUUGGCAAACUUUGAAUUGGAGGCUGUUUUACAUUUCAAGGAGUUCGGGAGCCUCAGCAUUCAAGUUGCCGGAUCGUGUGCGAUGAUGAGCAGACCCUGCGGUCGUAAGGCCUUCUGCCUGCUCUCGGCCUUGUUUGGGAAGAAGAUCGCCCUGCUGGAGGUGGACCUGGCCGCCCUGCUGAGGUCGCAGCCGCACCCCGGCGUGGGGGCCCGUCUGUCUGUGCUGCCCAGCUCCGGUGUCUCAUCGACCUCUCCCCUGUAUUUUGGACCCGUUGAAGAAACAAGUGCUAAGCUGGCUCCUCAGAAACAAUCUGCUGCUCGGGCCGUCGUAAAGGACCAGCCCCUGGUUUUCCACAGUAAAGUCACGUCGUCUGGAUACACAGCUGCCCCGCGUGUGGCUAUGUUUUCACCAAAGACCAAUGUCCAGAAUGAUGGUAAAAGACCUUCAAAAUGCAAGAACAAUUCCCGAUGCAAGGAUUAUCCUUUGGAGAGUCCUCUGCCAAGCAAGCUCAGCAGGCAGCUUGCUGUGUCCCACGACCAGGCCGCUGUGCACUGUGUUCAGUAUUCAGGAGAUGGACAGCGGCUGGCCUGUGGCUUAGCCAACCACCUAUCCCUGGUUUUCAGUGCUGACCUCACCGGGACACCUGCUGUUUUUUCAGGUCACAGCGGGGCCGUGAGCACCGUGUGCUGGAGCCACGACGGCAGGUGGCUGCUGUCUGCUUCCCAGGACGGGACACUGAGGGUGUGGUCGGCCCGCAGGCCGGAGCUGGCGCUGUGUCUGGGCAAAGACAUGUUUCCCAAGCCUGUACGAUCUGCGCAGUUUUACUACCUGGACGCGUUUAUUUUGUUAUCCUCGGGCCCCGAGUUCCAGCUGCUCAAGUGCCACAUCAGCACCAGCAGAGACGACGUCAAAAGGUACAAGCAGAAGAGCAGGUGCACGCCUGUCUUCAGGCUCCCCACGACCGAGGCAGUGGAGGUGACCAGCUUAUCAGCAGUGAAUGAGUUUUAUUCCUACCUGGUGCUGGCCGCCGGCAGGAACAGGACCCUGGAGGUUUUCGACCUCAACGCGGGCCGCAGCGCCGCGCUGCUGGCGGGAGUUCAUUCUCGGCCCAUCCACCAGAUCUGUCAAAAUAAAGGCUCAUCAUUUGCAACCCAGCACCCCCAGGCUUAUCAUCUCUUUGCAACCACCGCCACUGGCGAUGGGGUGAAACUGUGGGACAUGAGAACCCUGAGGUGUGAGCGCCGAUUUGAAGGCCAUCCGAACCGCUGCCAUCCGUGUGGAAUCGCCUGGAGUCCUUGUGGCCGAUACGUGGCCUGUGGUGCCGAGGACAGACACGCUUACCUGUACGAGACCGGCUCCAGCACUUUCUCUCGCAGACUCGCAGGACACAGCGACACGGUCAUGGCCGUGGCCUUCAGCCCGUCUGCCGUCCAGGACCUGGCAGGCGGCACACGCUUGAUGCAUAGUCGGGAGCGCCUGCUCCACACCGCAGCUCACGGCAACGCGGAACCAGUGAACGACCGACCACAGUUUCCAGCGCAUGUGCUGUUGGAUUCCUCUAGAAGCUCGCCUGUGAGCAGCGCACUGACGGAAGUGCCAUGUUCGUUCACAGUCCCGUUCCCGGACCCUCCGCCGCAGGCCUCAUCAUUAUCGGGAAGUUGUUGUCUGAACGCGUCAAGGUGGACAGAUUCCACGCAGGCAGUGAACAGUGGGCUCUGAAUCUAAAAUGUUAAGACGUGGCUGUAAAGUACCGGAUGCUUCUCUCGUCGAGACACGAGUGCCCAGGCCUCUUCCUCACGAAUCUGUGUGUCCUGAUGACCGUCCUGACGCUUCAGCGGGACCGAAGGAGCCGUCUGCGUUCCAAGGCCGAGCCAGCGAAGCUCACGCGGCUUCCACUUUGUUGGCUGGACUCUUUGCCCUUGGGCACCAGACACCCCGUGAGGCCGCUGUGCCGGAGGCUUGCGGAGGUGCCCCUGCAGCAGCCCAGCUGAGCCCAGCAGGUGACGCCAUCCGUGCGACGUGGAACAGAGUCCCCGGCUGGACUUGCCUGGCUCUUGACCCACAAACCAUGAAAUCUCGCCACGGCCACCUUGGACGGCAAGCUUCAGCUGUUUCAGGCCGAGGGAUGCUGACCUGAGCCGGGGACUGUGACAGGCUCCUCCUCCUGCCCGUGGCUGGCUGUACCUACGCCCCCUCCUGCUGGUGGCCUUCCUGCUCCCUUCAAGGGUCCCCCUUAUUGCGAAAGGAGAAAUGAAUGGCAUCCGGGACUUCUGCACAGAAUUUGGUAAAGUUAAAAUAAAGAAAAAAAAA